UGUAGUAUAUAAACUGCCGCCGGCGCGGCAGGAUCAUCAGCCAGUUCUUGUUUCAUUUAUCAUAUAAUUAAAAAUAAUUUAGUGAAAAAUGAACGCGUCCAUACUAUUAGCUGCGGUGUUAAUAGCGGCAAAUGUGGCUCUAGUCGUCGGUUGGGGUUACCGAGCAUCAGAUCAGAGGCGAUGGGCCGUGCUGCACCCAGCCUGCGGCGGCCGGCAACAGUCGCCCAUCGCCAUCGCAGCCCGACAGGCGAUCCCCAUAUCUAUCCCAGCCAUGGAACUCAUCGGAUACCAGAAUCCAUUACCAGGGCCGCUGACCAUCACUAACAAUGGUCAUUCAGUUGCUCUGACUAUCCCGAAAUAUAGUUCUGAAGAGGAAAAGAAGGGCUUCCGUUUGCCUUACAUCUUCGGAGGUCCCCUUGACAACGAAUACGAGAUUGAAGGCCUACACUUCCACUGGGGAGACAAGAACAACCGCGGCUCGGAGCACACUCUCAACGACAUGCGUCUUCCGCUGGAGAUGCACAUUAUCCACAGAAACAAGAAGUACAGGAGCCUUGCUGAAGCACUGCAGCACCCUGAUGGGCUUUGCGUGCUUGCUUUCUUCUAUCAGGUGGUUGAAUUUGACGCCAAGCUCCUCACACCGAUAGUCAAGAACCUGUCAGCGAUUGAGAACUACAACACCACCAUGAAGCUCCCGCACACGUUCUCCCUGUCAUCCAUCCUCACCGGACUCGACACUGAGCGCUUCUACACCUACAAGGGAUCCCUCACGACCCCGCCUUGCGCUGAAGCCGUCACAUGGGCCGUCUUCUCCGACUACCUCCCGAUCUCCGUGUUCCAGAUGGACAACUUCCGUGGCCUCCUGUCGAACCUGAACCUCCCACUUGUAGACAACUUCAGACAAUUACAGCCGCUAUUUGGUCGUCGAGUCUUCGUCCGCAUCACAUCGAAGAAUCCCAAAUUUAAGAAAACCAAGCUUCACUACUCCAAAUGGGACUGGGUACAUAGUGGCCACAAGAAGGUCGAAAAUGAAGUAAACGAAUUCGAUGAAUAAAUCGUUCGCAAUUCAAACUAACUAAAUAUUGUUCUCUAUUACGGGUAAAUGAAUAUCUCGUUGAUACCAAAUAUUGUUACCAUUUUUUUCUACUCUAUGGUUGUGUGCACUCUACUUGUAUAUUUGUGUGAAUAUUAAUUAGGUGAAUAAUUAAGAAUUGUUAUUACUAAAAUAAAUACUUAUAUAACAUAUGAGAUUUUAUUUCUAUAAUUUGUAUACCACUUAUAACAUUAUUAACACAUAUUUAUAAUAUGACUAAUGGAUAAGUAAAUAUUAUAACAUUAAUUGGAUCUGUAACUUAGUUAAUUACUGUAGUUGUCUGCUCCAAACAUAGACUGAAAAAUAAAAUAAAAAUAUAUUUAAAAAAAGAAAAACGAAAAAAAAAACAAGAAAUAAAUAAAAUACUCCUACCUUUUAGGCCGACAAGUCAAAACCACAGCAAUAUUUAAUUUUCUCAAAUGCAAAACACCUCUAGCCAGAACCAUAAACACACUGAAACUUGCUUUAAUUGAAACAACAAUUCAAAAACAAAUAUUUUACUCACAAUCUGUACAAUGUUAAAUGGUCGUAUUAUUAAUAAUUAAAAAAAAAAAAACAAAAAUCAUUCACCAUCGACUUCCUGAAAAACUUCACAAAUACUACAUGCACAUUUAGAAAAACAAAAAUAAAACAAUUUAAUUGGAUGACAUUUUAUAUUCUAUUUUAAUAUUAACAUCAACAAAUCUAUACAAGAUUAAUACUCUGUAUUACAUAAUUAAAUAUUUUAAUUAAUUUAUAUCAUAUGGAGAAUAAAUGUUGUGUUCAUAGCGGUUAACAGAUUAUAAAAAAAAUUGGCUUUGGAAUGUAUUGUGAACUGCUUUAGUUUAAAUUGCACACGGAAAACAGACUUAUUGAUUGGAUUCUAGUAUAUUCCCAUCUAAAAAAGUGUACAAUUUUUCGACUUCAUGUGCUAAAGCAUAUUUUUCGUUUUUUCACAUUUUUUUUCUUCUACAGUUAUAUAGGUGACUUUUAAUAUAUUAGCGAUAUUUUGUCUAUAUGCUCAGUCCAUGAUUCUGAACAAGUUUUAGUUGUAGAUUAGAGUAAAUUAAAUACCUAACUUGUGGAAAAUGUAUGGAUCAGUUGAUUUGUUUUCGCGAUUUCAAGGUUGCUUCCAUAC